AUGCUGGAGGCGGCAGUCAGCAGGCUGGAGAGCAUCACCUCCCGCCUGGAGGAAACAGAGGCCCGGCUCGCCUCCAUCGUGCCCACUGGCACCAGCUCCUUCACGCCCCGCCCCACCGCGGCAGCCCCGGGGGCGCCCGCCGCCGCCCUGCCUGCCGCCGCCGCUGGGCCUGGCGCCGCGCUAGCCGACUACCGCCAGCUGCUGAGCACCCAGCUGGCCAAGGCGGCGGCUGCGGCAGAGGGAGUGGGUGGCCAGGUGCUGGAAGCCACCCACAUCCUGGUCGAAGGCUUUCAGCGCGAGGCGGCGGUGAUCGAGGCGAUGGGCGUGUGCAAGAAGCCGGAUAACGGCGAGCUGCAGCAGCUGCUGCAGCCGGUGGGCGAGCAGAUGGUGGCCGCCGGGGACCUGGCAUCCGGGCCGCGCAGCCCCUACCAAAACCACUACAAGCUGGUGUCGGAGGCGAUGCAGGCGCUGAGCUGGGUGGCCUACACGGGGCCCAACUGCGGCAUCCACCUGCCACCUCAGCACGUGGAGGACGCGCUGUCAGCGGCAGACUUUUACGCAAACAAGGUGUUGAUGGAGUGGCGCUCCAGGGACCCAGGGCAUGCCGCUUGGGUGCAAGCUGCCUUCUGUGCCCGUAACUUCCCCGCCGGCCCUCAGUGGAAUGCCGCGGGCAUCCCCGCCUCCCAGUUUGCGCCUGCUGCAGCGGCAGCAGGUGGCGCAGCAGCAGCAGCAGCAGCAGCAGGAGCCGCAGCAGGAGCGGCCGCAGCUCCAGCGGCGGCCAAGAAGGCUGCCGGCCCCCCGCCGCCGCCGCCGCCGCCGCCGCCGCCUGGCAGCAUCGCGGCGAACAAAGCGGCCGCGGCGGCGGCGGCGGCGCCAGCUGGCGGCGCUGGCGGCAACCCCAUGGCGGCGCUGUUUGCUGACAUCAGCAAAGGCUCCUCAGUUACCUCUGGGCUGAGGAAGGUGACAGCCGACAUGAAGACCAAGAACCGGGCAGACCGGGCCGGCGCUGUGCCGGCAGCGGCCGCUGCCGCCGGCGCGGCGGCCGUGGCGGUCAAGCCCAAGGCGGCUGCGGCUGCGGGGCCGCCGCGGCUCGAGUGCGAGCAGGGGCGCAAGUGGGUGGUUGAGAACCAGGUGGGCAACCGGGAGAUUGUGAUUGAGCAGAUGCAGCCUAAGCAGGUGGUGUACAUCUACAACUGCAGCGGCAGCACCAUCCAGGCAAGGAGGGGAGGCGCCGACCCGCGGCAGGGCCAGGAGCCUGGGCGCCUGUUGGUUGCUACGGUUGAGCUGGUGAACAGCAGCAGCGUGGAGGUGCAGUGCACGGGGGCGGUGCCCACGGUGGCGGUAGACAAGUGCGACGGCUGCCAGCUCUACCUGCCGCGCGGCUCCCUGGAGGUCACCGACAUCACCACCGCUAAGUCGUCUGAGGUCAACGUGGUGGUGCCCGGAGCCAGCGAGGAGGCAGACCCUGUGGAGAGUGCCAUCCCGGAGCAGUUUGUGAGCCGCUACCGCGGCGGCAGGUGGGUCACGGAGCCGGUCAGCCACAGCGGCGGCUGA